AGAUUGUCGACCCGCACGCGAGGUAUUGCCCAGGUCACACGAUGUCCCACACUGGCGGAGGGAGCUCUCCGAGCUCGCCUUGCGGAGCAUGUAGAUUAUUUCGAUGGAAGUGCACGGCCGAGUGCGUAUUCGCACCUUACUUUCCUGCAGCGGAGGCUUUGAAGUUUGCGUAUGUACACGAAAUUUUCAAGGCCAGCAAAGUCAUCAAGAUAUUGCACGACUUGCCAGAAUCGAUCCGAGCAGAUGCGAUGACUUUGUUGGCUUUCGACGCCGAGGCGAGAAUGAAGGAGCAUGGAUGGAUGUUUCACGGAUGUGCGUUGCAUAGAAGAACUAUGGAGUUGCAAGAAGAAGUUCCGGAACUGAGGGAGCAAAUAAACUAUUUCGAGGAUAGGGAGCAGAGGAGAAUCAGUCAGGGGUCAAGUGAAUGUUCAUGUCAGGAUGUCUACAUCGCCGAGAUCUGACGCUACUUGUCAUCACUGGGAGGUCGAGGUGCUCAGCUGGAGAAAACCUGAGCGAGACUCAAAAGCAAAGCUGGAGCGUGGAAAUUGAUGUCGAUCUGGCGGUCACAGAGGUUGGGAGAAAACGUAUUGAAAAUCGAUUGAACUUGUCCAUAUGUUAAAGGUUCUAGCACCUUUUUUUUAUUCAAUUCUGUCUCAAUUAUUUACUAAGGGGACGUUCUCAUGUUUGGUAUCUGUGGGAUUGAAGAUUGUAGGUUACUCCAUGUUUUAUUGUA